GGAAAAAGGUAGAAUACCUAGUAAUUACAUGACAAUAUCUAUCAAAGGUCUCUUUAAGGGCUCUUGUAAGAGCUCUCGCAGGAUCAUCGUCAGUUCUUGGUCCCUCUCGGUGGAGAACCUUCGUACUGAUCGCGUGGAGAGGUCGCGUCGCGCGCGUCUUACCGCUCACUAGUCAGGGGAGUUCACGAUAACCAUCAUACGAUUUUAUUCGAGAUUCAAUUUCCAGUCAGCUCAGAUUUUCCCCUUUGUUCUUCUUUAGGAAUAUCUUCUAUUAACCAUAUGUCUGGAUUCUGACCACCGCGAUUGACAUCUCCAUCUCUCACCGAUAAGCCUAAAUAUGAACGGCCUCGCGGACAAUCCUACUCCUCCUACUACCCGCAGUACACCUACCGGGAUGCAUGGGUUAAAUGGAUCGCUAGGAGGGGUCACCCCCAUCGCGACAACUCGGGGGCGACUCACAGCUCACCAGGAGUUGAUCCUCCUGCAAAUAUGCCAAGAAACCUUUGGUGAUAGAUGGGACGCAGAUUAUCAGUGCAAAGACUGGAUUAAGAUCAGUGAAGAGUUUCAAAAGCGAGCCAGAAGGACGUUUUCAUGGCAGUCGUGUCAAAGGCGAUUCAAGGAGAGCAUUAAGAAGGAGAGGACUCGAAUCGCUAUGAACUCCGAGCCCAGUCAGUAUAACGAUGCGCAACUUCUUACUCCUGCCUCCGAGUUUGUGCGCCAGUGGAUAUGGCAUUCGGAACGGAACAGACAACUUUUGAGACGGGCUAGGAGAACAGAAGCAGAAAAAAGACCAUGCGAGGACAAAAAACCACCACUUGAUGCUUUGGAGGCGACACCAAGACAGCAACCCCAGCAAGACGAGGAGCAGGAGGAGCAAGCAAAGCUCAACGCGUGGCAGGAGCGUAUGGAUAACUGGAUGAAUACUUCGACUGAUCCAGAAACUUUUGUGGAUGAGAGCAGACUUCCUGCCGUGGAUCCAGCGCACGGCGUGGUGAGCAGAGUCAAUACAUCGCCUCCUGAAACGACAUCUGCGCGGCCCGUUUCUCAUAAAGAUCUCAAGGAAAUCAGCGACAAAAUUGACCGAGUUGCUGAGAAUAUCCUUGACAGCACGAAAAAGUUAUUAAAAGAAAUGCAAUUGCAACAACGACGGGAGAUGGAGGCUUUUAAGGAUCGGAUUGCAGCGCUGAUAAGUGAGGAAACCGAUCUUAUCAGCCAGAAUAUCAUGGAUGCUUCAGAGGAUGCUUCAAACGACGUGACCGAUCUAGCUGGGACUAUAUCAUUCGAAUUCCAGAAGGUCAAGGAUUCAGAGACCCACCUGCUGAAGCUACGACGAGAUGUCAGAUAUCUACUGAAAGUCGCAAUAGCAGAGGGGAAAAUCAAAGUUGCGACCCCGUCUUCCUGACUCUUUUCGCUGUUUCCAUUCUUGUCUAUACUUACGCCUCGUUCUAAUUUCGAAUAUUUGAUUGAAUCAUUUGCCAUUGUUCAUUUCAAAGCGGUAUUUUGCAUUCUAGGAGUUAAUACCCAGGCUACAUGCGAUUUGGGAAACCAACCGGGAGACUUCUGAAUGGUACCAUAAUUGAAUUAUUCUCAGAACUACUUCAUUGUGGUACGAUCUAGCUGCCCUGAAACAAGCCAUCUAAAUCCGUGACUCUGCUGCACAGUGCAGUCCACUAGUUGACCCGGAAGAUAAGGGAAGUCUCUAGGCCUGGAGCACACUAGGGUCCCCAAAAUUAUCAACUUGUUUGUUUGGACGUAAUGCUGGCACAUGGUGUCUUCAAGUCUUCCAGAAGUGCCUCCCCUCGUUUAUUUGUGUAAUGAAGCCACUAGCAUGUGCAGUACGAUGCGAUUGAACUUACCUUGAAUUAAGAAAUGCA